AUGGCUAGCAUUAUAGAGGCGUCUGCCGCCUUGAGAAAACGUAAAAACCUCAAAAGAGGAAUUAAUUUCACCCUAAUGGUUGUUGGGGAGUCAGGAAGUGGCAGAUCAACUUUCGUGAAUACCCUCUGCGGCCAACAAGUGGUAGAUGUUUCCACGACCAUCAUGUUGCCCACUGAUACUUCGACACAGAUAGACCUUCAACUCAGGGAGGAGACAGUGGAAUUGGAGGACGAUGAAGGUGUCAAAAUCCAACUGAAUAUAAUUGACACACCAGGUUUUGGUGAUUCGUUAGACAACUCUCAAAACUUCAAUGUGAUUUCAGACUACAUAAGACAUCAGUACGAUGAGAUUUUGCUGGAGGAGAGUCGCGUUAGGAGAAACCCGCGCUUCAAAGAUGGUAGGGUACACUGUUGUUUAUACCUCAUCAACCCAACCGGGCAUGGGUUGAAGGAGACCGAUGUGGAAUUCAUAAAGACAUUGGGGGCGCUGGUCAAUGUGAUCCCAAUCAUUAGCAAAGCAGAUUCGCUAACUCCUGCUGAGCUCAAGCUCAAUAAAAAGCUAAUUAUGGAGGACAUUGAAUACUACCACCUGCCCAUUUAUAACUUUCCCUUCGAAGAGUCCGAUAUCUCUGACGAAGACUACGCUACGAAUAUGCGCUUACGCUCGCUAAUGCCGUUUUCCAUUAUAGGUUCUAACGAGGUGUACGAUCUGGGCGACGGUACUCUGAUUCGUGGGCGUCAGUACCCAUGGGGAACUCUGGACGUCGAGGACCCUACGGUCUCUGAUUUUGUGCAUCUCAGAAACACCCUCUUGAUUUCACAUCUGCAUGACCUCAAAGAUUAUACCCAUGAAAUUCUGUACGAACGCUAUAGAACCGAGGCCCUGUCUGGCGGCGCUUCAAACUACGGCCACGGAUCCCGCUCAAUCAAUACCGAGACCGGUGCUCCUUCUCCAGGCGCCUCAGGGAAGGCAUCGCUACACGCUGCAGACUCUGAGUCUAUCGAUUCCUCUAAACUCCAAUCUGGUAAUCAAGAUACCUACCUAGCACGGGAAGAACAAAUAAGACUCGAAGAAGAAAGAUUGAAGGCUUUCGAGGAGCGCGUACAACAAGAGCUCCUAAUGAAGAGACAAGAACUAUUACAGAGAGAACAGGAACUCAGAGAUAUCGAAGAAAGGAUUGAAAAGGAGACUAGACUAAAAGCGGAAAUGGGGACUCUUGAAUAG